CUACCCAUUUUACACCUCAGCUAAUCCCUCCGGGCUUACUCAGAGUUCAAACUUGAUACAUUGGGGCUUUCUGCAAUAAAAUAUUUGUAAAGUACACCCUCAAUCUACGCCGCCGUCUCAUCAUUUCAAGCAAAAUUUUCUCGUUUUAGGUGCAGUUACGCUUAAUUGAUUCCCAGUUGAACUGAUAAAUCAGUAAAUUAAAUUUUAAUUGGAUUUCAAAUUCGAUGCCCCAGCAGCAUUAUUCCUAUGCCGGAUAUGCCAAAUAAUCACCCGAACGAAGAUGUUCAUGAGGCUACACCUAUUAAUAAUGGUGGACUAUGUAACUUGGAGUCUGCUGAAGAAGAUAUAUCAAACCCCAGAGCAACUUCUGGCAAUGCAUUUAAAAGUAACCCUUCCCGACAUUCGGACCAGGAGGAACAGUCUAGAAGAGUAGACACUGACCCUUCAUUAUUGCAUUGUGGUGCUUUGAGAGAUGAUGAUUCCCAAGCUGUGAAUGAAGACAUUAAUAUACCACUGGAGAAAACUUCUGCCCACUGCAUCAGGAAGAAACUUCUCGUUCUUGAUGUAAAUGGACUUCUUGUUGAUAUUUCUUCAGUUGUACCUUAUGAUUAUGAUCCGGAUGCAAUAAUAUCGAAGAAAGCAGUUUUUAAGAGGCCCUAUUGUGAUGAUUUUAUGAAGUUCUGCUUUGAGAGGUUUAACGUGGGUGUCUGGUCAUCAAGAAACAAGAGAAAUGUGGAGUCAGUUCUUGAUUUUCUUUUGGGGAUUGAUAAGUGCAAGUUGCUUUUCUGUUGGGAUCAGUCCCAUUGCACUUAUACUGAUUUCAAUACUGUCGAGAACAGGGAAAAGCCUCUUCUUUUAAAGAAACUUAAAAAGCUAUGGGAAAAGCGUGAGCCAGAUCUUCCAUGGGAGAGGGGAGAAUAUAAUGAGUCAAACACUCUUUUGUUAGAUGAUUCUCCUUACAAGGCAAUAUGCAACCCGCCAUAUACAGCAAUCUUUCCGUACACUUACCGGUUCAGAGAUAGAAGAGACAAGUCAUUAGGACCUGGUGGCGAUCUACGUGUUUAUUUGGAAGGGUUAGCCCUUGCUGAAAACGUUCAGGAAUAUGUAAAGCAAAACCCGUUUGGUCAAAGACCCAUCACGGAUAGGAAUUUAUCUUGGCGGUUCUAUCUACGGGUUAUUGAAGCCAAUUCAUCGCCUCCACCAAAUACUGGUGACAAUUUGUAGUUUAUGAAGAUGACUUUUGUUCUUGACAUAUUAACCUUUGAUGACUUUUGCUCAACAAUAUGUUGCCUUUUGAAGUUACUGUACUAACUGCAAUCAUGUAUUGUGGGUUUCAUGGGGCAUUCACAAUGUUCAACAACCAGAUGAAGAAGUGAAACAAUACGAGUUGGCAAUUGACCAUCGCCUUUUGCUUUGUAAUUUCUCUACUGUGGCCAUUUUGAAGUCAAUGGAUAAGAAUCCAAACACAUGUAUUUUGCAAUGAUCCAUUUUGUCAUUUCUCAGGAAAUUUUGUUGAAAACAAUGUUGUAUCUUCUCAUGCAUUUAUGUUGAUGCAGAUCCUCCCUUUUGUUUGGUAUGAUCUCAAAGUUAGAGAAAUAGUUUUAAUCUGAUUGGAUGUUUUGUUUUUCA